UAGGCAACAGUACACAAACCAGCUUGGGGAGAUGCAGCUGAAUUUCAUAGAUCAUUGAAGCCGACGAUUUUGAAGGUAGGCUAUUUUGACCUUGUUGACCAAAAAAGUGAGCAGUAUUAUCAUGGACAGGUAGUGUGGCACUAUCAGCAUCCCAACUGAUAAGGCAACAAUGCCAAAGAAGGGAGGAAAGGGUAAGCAGGCCGCAUUGACUGAGGAGGAGAGGCUGGCCUACAUGCAACAGAAAGCUCAGGCGGAGGAAGAGAUGGCCAAACGAAAGGAGGACAUGCUCACUCUGUUUCUGAAGGAGAAGCUACAGAAGGAGGAGAAGAACAGCGCGGUGAACCUGCACAAGCUGACACAGCAGUGGCGAGCGGUGCUGAGACAGACCCGCGCCACGGAGCUGAGAAGGGACAUCUCCAUCCUCAGCCAAACCUUUGAGAGGGUGCUGGACCGCAAGGACAGUGUCAUCAAGAGUCUGGUGUGUGAUCUAAAUGAGGCGGAGCAGCAGUCGGCACAGGCUCUGCGGGCGCACCUGAACUGCGCAGACCGGCUGCUGGAGCUGCAGAAGGGCCGGCUGGCCGUCCUGGAGCUCAAGUGGACUUCCAGCCUUGAGGAGCUCAUGUCGGAGUACAACACAGUCAGGGAGCAUCUUGGGAGUCAGCACCAGCAGGACACAGCGUAUCUGGCAGAUGUGACCUUUGCCAUGGAGCAGCAUUACACUGAGCUGGAAAAUGAAGCCAAACAGGACUACCAGAGUAUGCGGGAUGACAUCAAAAACAGGAACAUUGAGGAGAAGAACGCUCUGCGGGUGCAGCUGGAGGGCACGGUGGAGGAACUGUGGAGCCAGUUCCAGCAUGCGCUGCGGAGCUACAACGAGGCCACUGAGGACCGCCACAUUGCCUUCGAGUCGCUCCGCACGCGAGACCACAAGUCUGCCCAGGAGAUUGACAUGCAGAUGAGACGCCUUCAGAAGAUGCAGGACUCCAUUUCGGCUCUGCGCGUGCGACUCGGCUCCAGCCAGCGGGAUGGGGAGUCGGCGGCCCGUGGUUUGCGGGCGGCACGCGAGGAGGUUACCCAUCAGGCCCGGCAGCUGAAGGCCCAGCUCAGUCAGGCUCACGCGGCAGAGAGGAGCCAACUGGCCAACCUGACCCUGCACAGCAACACAGCCGCCAAGAAACUACAGGCCAUCAUCGCUCAGGGGGAGAAGCUGUUGCGUCUGGCUGAGAUGUGCCGUAAGCUGGAGACGGAGGAGGAGAAGGUUGUGCCUUUCUAUGAGUCGACCCUGACUCCACAAGAACAAAGCCUAGAGAGGGCAAAGGCUGCAGAGCCACCAUCUGAAGAGUUGGCCAAGGCCAUGCUGGACUUUGAGGACCUAGGUCGGUUCUGGCAGCGCUACAACAAGGUGGUUCUAGAGCGCGAGUGCCUGGAGCAGGAGCGGGCGGGCCUGACCCAGGAGAACCAGCAGCUGCGUCUGCUAAUGCGCCAGUACCUGGAGGGCAUCUCCGUCAGCGACGAGAUCCUGCGCCACCAGAACCCGCUGCUCAUGGUGUCGCGCCAGCCCCUCGGCGACGCUGCGCAGCGCCCCGGGAGCCACGUCAACCCGCCGCUCAAGCGCCACACCAUCAUCGAGGCGGCCCACGUGGUGCAGCACACGCUGUAGAGGCACACGUGGAGACACAGCCGCACACACACACACACACACACACACACACACACACAUACAUGUAUAUGCUGGUCAAAAGACACAAACAUGCUGAUAUAUACCUAUAAAACAUACUCAUAUGCAUACUCUCAUGCCUACUAAACACACAAAGGCUAAAACAUUUUGGACAUUUCUACACAGAAUCAUAUGGAUCACACUUGCAUAUGCAUACAAUCAAGUCCUUUGAACAAACCAGAAAAUGUGUUCACACAUUACUUCAUGAUCAAGAUUGCAGGAUCUCAAUAAAAGCUGUGUAUUGUCAUCCCCAGUCUAAAUUAAAUGUCAUAGACUCUAAAAAAAAUCAUAUAUCUGGAAUAAUGUAAAGAAAGAAGUUAACUUGCUCUGAUUUUUUUUCUAUGCACAACACAUAUAUAAUUAAACCGUAAAUGCCUAUGUUCUGUAUUUGGUCAUGGUCAUGGAUAUUACUACUCUGAAUAUGAAUUAGUGCUGUGAAAAUUCAUCCGUACAUAAAGAAAGUGUUCUUUUGCUGUGAAAGCUUGUAAAGUCAGAAUGGAAAAAUAAAACAUUACACCAGACUGAACAUU